UUUUGGAACGCCACGUCCACUUCUGUAGUGUGUUUUAGGUUCAAUAUCGUUAGAACAAACCAUUCAACAUCAACAAUAAGUUAUUUCCUGUGAAAAGACAACAUUUGUGUAUCAGUUUAUGAUGGAAGAGCAGAAUUUGAGUCGCUGUGUGCCCUCAGUUUGUAUCACACUACGGUAGACAGAAAGGACCAACAUUCAUUUCAACAAGUUUGUCGCAGCAGCAGGACACUUCUCAAUGACAAUGGCGAAAUCUUUUGAUUCACCAGCUUGGUUGGUGGUGGUUGGAUGCUAAGCGCAGGGAAUGAAACAGUAAAAACAUCGGUCCAAACUGAAGUUGGAGAUUUGAGCUUCAUGAUGGAGACAACCAAUGAACGCCACUUUGAUGUGUUUCCUGCAAGACUAGAACACAUGCAAGAUAUUCAGAACAGGGUCACCAAACUGAAAUCGACUCCUGAGGAGGCUCUUCCACCAGGAAGUAUGCUGAAGGAUUUCAUACGAACCUUGAAAGAAGACAUCAAAGAUGAAGCUGAACGUCUUGUCAAGGAGAAACAUUUUGAAACAGCUGGCCACAUCCUAACACAAGCAAUUAAUGCACAAUUGAUCCUCUAUCGGCAGGGAUAUGGCUUCUCGUCAACUCUGGACAAAAAGAUAUUCACCCUCCGAGCGGAAUGUGCCAACGUAAUGGGAUAUCCAAAAGCCGCACUGGAGGACUGCGCUCAUGCGUUGGAGAUAGAUAAUAAUUACGAAAGUGCCAACGUUGCACAAGUCGUCGCACAGUAUGAGAUUGCUCGCUUGGAGUGGGCAAAAAACAACAGUAUCGAAUUUCUGAUGGGAUUUGAAAUGAUUCUGUAUCAGGAAUACCCUGCCAAGAUUCUUGAGCUUCCAAGAGUCAAGGCGAUUAUCGCUGAGCUGAACCAGCAUUUGGACCCAAUUAGAGCGUGCCCUCCACCCACAAACACCCCAAAUGUCUCACAGGACUCCUCAGCUGUUGUAGAAGAGUGGUUACCCGCCCACGUCAAAGCGUCGAAGAAAACAAAUGCGAAAGGCAAAUCCAACAAUAAGAGUAAGAAGAAGAAAAAAAGCAAAGUUGUCGUUGAAGUCGAUUUCUCGGAUACAUCUUCAUGCGUUUCAGUCGCUGAUAGUGUAGUUUCGUCUGCGAGCAACUCGCCCAGACAACAGAACCCUGCUCAACCUGGUGUCAAUCCCACUAAGGCGUACAAUGCAGCUUCAAAGUCGUCUAAAUACGGUCUGGAUGAUUUCGGUCCAGUACCUUUGCCUACCAGGGCCAAUGGUGCGAUCCCCAAAGUGUCGUCAAGCAGCCAGAGGCCCAGAGCUUCCUCAUCUACAUCCACCCAGAGCAGCCAAGGGGCGACUAACACUGGGGCAGCUAGCUUCGCAACUGCGAACUCCAACAACCAAGACGACUCGCUGUACUGCGACGUCUGUAAGGUUUAUUUGAAUGCGGACAAACAACUGGUUCAGCAUCGUGGAGGAUCGAAGCACAUCGCUAAGCAGGCAGAGUACAUGAGGAACCAGCAGAGUGGCCUGGCAGCGGGGAAACCUGCCGAGAAUUCUGCAAACUUUCAGCAACCCAAGUUGGCGUUGAGGACAUCCAACCGGUUCGAUACCUUAGCUUCUGGAGCAAAUUUGAGCCCAAGCCCCACCGUACAGAACUCCACGCAGUCCCCACUGGCUGCUGCAGCAGCAGCAGCAGCAGGAGCAACAGCUGCAGCAGCUACGUCAAACAGGGCCAAUGGCAGGGCUGUCCAGAACGCUCAAGCUCAAUCUGCCAGUGUCGGACCACCUCCGCCGAGGCUUUCGUAUGAAAGUCUGGAAUGGCUGAAGAAAUUUACCUUCAGACUUGCGUGUGAAAAGUGUUACGUCACCGAUGCAAGCAAAUAUGGUUAUGAGCGCCAUAUGUAUCGACCAGACAUCAAACAUUUGUGUUUUGGGGGUUGGCUUGUAUGCAAGCUUGGUAGUGUGUCCACACCAAAGAUUGAGGUAUGGGGGAGAAUUAGGCCUCGAACCAAGCCGGACUUCAAUGGAAUUUACACCCUGUGCAAACAAUUCGAAACUGGCAUCGCCUGUAAGAUCGGUGAGGAUUCCUGUUGGUACUGCCACAGCAAGGAGGAGAUAUUCGUCUGGAAAGCCGAUCGAGAGGGUAACUUCAACGGGAAAGAGAUCGUUGCGUAUCUGCGCCACUCACAGGGCAUCGGUGUGUCACGACCGCGAGAGGUCCCACCUAAACAGUCCUUAGUGAACGAUGGGGAAGGGUUUAAGCUGGUGAUGAAAACCAAGUCAGUGCCGAGUCUCAAACCUGGAGGUGUCCCGAGUAAUGAUGUAAUGAGCAUUAGCCAAAGAACAACCAAGACCACUACCUAUCAGGAACCGGCUAUUAUGAAGCAACAACCCUCAGCCAUCACAAACAGCGUCAGACAAGGUUAUAAUAUCUUAAUGUCAAGGGUCAGAGGUCAUUUUAUGUUUCUAUGCGAGAGGUGUUUUGACGGGGCGCCACCGAUGAUGUGUCCGCGGAGCACCGCGGGACCUUACUGCAGCAACAACGACUCGCAGCACGCGUGGGAGAAGAGCAAGGUGCUCGUCAGCAUCCUGGCCAUGAAUGGAAGGUACCGCUACCAGAAGGCUCGACCACGCCCCAAGGGAAUACCAGCGAGGGCUAACCUCUGCUGGAACCUGACCAAUCGCUUUGGAUGUCGAUUUGGCAACCCAUGCAAAUUUGCCCACAAUGAGGUUGAAAUUGAGGUGUGGGAAGUUGAGCUUCUUUACUCUCUAAACAGAGAGGCCCUUGUUCAGCUUUGUGCGGAGGCCAUCGCUCCACGUCCAGCACAACCGUCUGUCAAGGUGGCCACCUCAGCUCCUAUCCAACCAACCCCAUCCCAGCCCUCUGCCCCUAGCAAGGUAGCAGCCGCCGCGGUAGCGAAAGCAAUCCCUAAGUUCACCGGCGAUGUCAAGUACGUCUGCGGCAUGUGUUUUCCAAGAGGGAACCAGUGCAUUGGACAGAACCCGCGCAAGCCGGAGUUCUGCGCCGGCGCCAACUCGCAUCCGUGGCAGCUCAAGAUGGUGGUGGUGUACGAGGGCUCCAAGAAGAAGUGGGUACCUGUGAAACCACGGCACCCGUGGCUGAGGUCUGAAGUGCAUCCCAAGUUGUGUCGUCACGGCGACAGCUGCCACCGUGCGUCCUGUAUGUUUCCUCAUCAUCCCGCAGAGGGCACGCUCUGGAGAUACAUGGCUCAGUACAACCUGAAAUCACUUGAUGAAGUAAUGGCUAUCAAGUUUCGACCUCCGUCGACCCCCAUCAACCAGCCCUCAGCUGAGGCAUCGGCCAUGCCCACUGCCAUGCAAUCGGAGGCCUAUAUGCUGCAGAGUUUCUACUGCACCUACUGCGAUCAACCAUUCCAACAGCUGUGGAAGCUGGAGGAGCACACCAAGAGCUUGGGUCAUAGGUCAAGGGUCAACUGUGACAAGGAGAGACAGUGGAAGUACCGCAGUCCACCGUGGAAUGUGUUGAACGGACGAUACCAGGAGUGUGAGCCACACAAGAGGCGACAGUGCACCUUCUCCCAGUCCCCCGCCGAGAACAACAACUGCACCCGGGCACACACCCUGGAAGAGCUUGAGGAAUGGCGGGAAAGACAUCAAUACCGAAUGAUGAAGAUGAAGAAAGCCAAGGAACAGAAACUGUUCGCUUUCAUGGAUGAGAUUCUAACAAAAUACAACUACUCCACCGAGGAAAUGAGUGUGAUCACUGAGGAGCUACCAGGCAUCCGGGUCGACUGCGAACAGGAACUGAACAAAUUUCUCAAGAUUAAGAGGAAGUCUGACUCAGUCUUCACUUUCACUUGGAAGUUCCUGAUCAAGUCCAAGAAGCAGAAAGUCUUAAAGCGUGUGGGACUCCUCUACGACCAACAUCGACUUCACUUCUACUUGUCGGACCCUAAGGGUGAGGAUAUACCACAGGUGUGUCCGGGAAACCGCAUCGCCGAAGGAGACGGAGAGACGUAUCGCGUCAGCGUCAUCUUUCACUCCAGGAUGCUGGGUAGCUUCAACCAAUGGGUGCUCUUCGACUUCGGUAGUGAACCGGUACUGGUUCGAAAAUUGGAGGCUCAUGUGGGUUCCGAGGAGCAUUUUGAAACCUUCAAGAAGAUACAGAGAGAGAAGAAGAUUCAGACGUGGGACAGCAGCAACUGCGAGAUUGUCAAGUUCCCGGACGAUGUCAGGACGCCGCCCGACGUCGCGCUGUUUGAGAAGAAGAUCCUGGCUGCGUACAAACCCCCGGCGUCGUUGAGUAUUGACGAUAUUGAGCUAGGAAGACUCGACCGUGAUAAUUACAAACUGCACAUGCAGAAGAUGUUGCACCUGGAGGAGCGAGAACAGACUAAGCGAAUCGCAAGAUUUUCCAUUGCGAGCACUCUGAAAGUCACAGCCACCAUUGAGGAGGAUGGAUUAGGCCACCAUUACGCCACGUCCGGUCAAUUGUUCGGCAGUAUCAACUUAAAGCAGGCCCUCGUUGACGAUUCGGAGGCCAGCCAGAUCAUCAACAGAAGUGUCCAAAAGAUGCUACUCAAGUUUGACAAGACAAACAAGGUCUAUGAAGCCGUGAUCCUUCCCGGUCAGGACUUUGGGAGUCAAAACCAAGACUCCAUCAGCCUGAACCUCAGUGAAGACUGCGUGAAUGAACAGCACCUGACUAGUGGUCAGGAACGACAGGUUCAGAUCCAGUUCCAGCUGAACAGAAUGUCCUUCUGCCAUAUGCACAAUGCUGUAGAGAAGCUUGACAACAUGGACAUUGUUUUCCCGCCUACAAAGCAGAGGUUGCCAUUUGUCCAGAAAGAUCAACUUACGGACACCAAUCUCUACCAAGAGCGGGCAGCGGCAUUCAUUUCCUCUCAUGGAGGCAGCGACUCGUACGCCAUGCAAGGUGCUGGCCCCGUCCUAGUCUACGGACCGUUCGGCACGGGCAAAACAUAUACCCUAGCAACUGCCGUCAAGCGAACUGUUGCUAAACGUCCACACAGCAGAAUUCUAAUUUGCACACAGUCCAACAGCGCUGCCGACUGGUACAUCACCGAGUUUCUGCAUAAAUUUGUGGAAUCCACCUGGAACAAGCACCAGAUCCGCAUGCUACGUAUCUACAGCACCUUCCGUCGACUGAAUUCCAUCGAUCCCAUCGUGUGCCCCUAUGUCCUGAUGGAUGACACCUACAAUAUCCAGAUCCCAGAUGCCGAAUCCAUCAAGAAGUUCCACAUCGUCAUCACAACUUUGUCGAUGUCCAGCAUCCUGCUGCAGUACGACCUUCGGGGUCAAUUCACUCACAUCUUGAUCGACGAGGCGGGUCAAGCCUUGGAACCGGCGGUUCUUCAACCUCUGACCCUAGCGACACAGAAUACAUGCGUCAUGUUGGCUGGUGAUCACUUGCAGAUGAGCCCAAGGGUUUUCUGUGAGACGGCGCGUAACGCCAAGUUCAACAAGUCCCUUCUAGAGCGACUGUUCAUCAACAAAAUGGCCAGUAGUGUUUUCUUGACGUACAACUAUCGUACUUGUCAGCCAAUACUGAACUUCAUCGCUCAGACGUACUACCACGAGGCACUGAGAGCCCAUGGCAACCAUCCAGUUCACAAGGAUUUCUAUCCGUUGAUGUUCUGCGCAGUGAAAGGAGAAGACCAGCAUGUAGGGAUGUCUUACGUCAACAACUAUGAGGUGAUGGAAAUAGUGUUCAGAGUUGAAGAGUUGUGCCGUAAAUGGCCGGAGAACUGGGGCAAGUUUAAUAAGAACAGCAUCGGGAUCAUCACACCGUACUCUAUGCAGGUUCGUCAGAUUCGUACAGAGAUGCGGCGAAGAGGACUUGGCGACAUCUCAGUGGAAACUGUGGACAAUGUACAAGGGAAACAGUUUCGAGCCCUGCUCAUCAGUACAGUCCGAACCCGCAAGACCCUGGAGAAGGCUCGUUUGACGGUCGUUCCGCAAAACAGUUCCUCCACCCAGCAAGACGAAGAGUUCUACUACGGGCUUCUGUCUGACCACAAGCUCCUGAACACUGCCUUAACCCGCGCCCAGUCACUGGUCAUUGUCACCGGUGAUCCGACUGCUCUCUGCUCCGAGGGACAAUGCUCAACGACCUGGAAGGCUUUCCUCAAGGAGUGUGAAAAGAACAAAAGCUUGUACCCACUGGGAACCACUGUAGAAGGGAUACGUCAGGAUAUAGAAUCUGCAAAGCAGCGUCUAAAUCCAUUUGCCAAAACCUUCGAGCCGUCUUCGUCGAAGAGCAACACCUCACCUCCUCGCGCUGAUCAGAGUCAAACAAGACCCUCCUGGGGUCAGGGUCAAGAAAAUGGAGUCUUGCCAACGGUGGGAAAGAAUCCUUGGAACCUGCCGACUGGUGCUUCCCCUCGCGGCACUCAGGUUGCCGGGAAUGCAUUCAGCGGAGGAUUGAACAGGCAGACCAGCGACGAAUUCCCUGCUCUGUUGACGUCUAACAAUGCUCAGCAAAACGGAAUGGAAAGCCAAUCAGAUGAGGACGAUUGGUUGGGAGAUGAUGAUGAUGUGGAUCUCGAGGAUGCCAUCUUGCAGGAGUUUCAACGACAGAUCAGGGAAGAUAGAGGAGAACUGGAAGUGAUUGAACCCAGUGUCGCAGAGCCUGGCGAGCCAGGUACCCUUAACGAGAGGGACGACGGUGAUGACAUAAACCAACAAGAUGAGCAAACGUUAGAGCCGCUGAGAGGUACAACCGACAUUCCUGAGGAGCUACCUAGACAAACAUUAAGCAGUCAACUUCUGACUGCCCGUAAAAAGCGCAAUGUCCGCAUGAUACAGCAGUAUGGUGCCAUGCUUUUGAUUGAAGAUAACUAUGACCGAUCCCGGCUCGUCGGAGCAGACACAUUUGAGGACUACGAUACAGAGGAAGACUUGGAAGAAGAUAUGCUGGAUGAAAACACAUGCAAGGAGCAUCUCGACCAAGUUGCGAGAGACCCUGAGAAGUUCAAGGUGUGCUCGUUUCAUUUUGAUCUGAGCGGCCACACCUACGCCUUGCCCAAGGAUGAAGAUUCCUCCAUGAAGAUCUUGAUUACAAGUAGGAGGAAACGGGGCAAGGCUCUCAACCUCGACGAGGUCAUCGUGGAAAUCCUUGACGAUAUAGAUGAGCUGGAGAAUGCAGCUGGAUACGGACCCCAAACCGAGGAAAGAAAGGAGGAAAGUAAAAUUUAUGGACGGGUGACGUUCAUUUUGAAGAGAGCUGCUAAUCCUUAUCUGAGGAAGAUCGUCUGCACUAUUGAUAAAUUCACAGACGGAUUGAUGGUGCCAAUCGACAGGACCUUCCCGAAGAUCUUUGUUCGUACCUUUAAAGAAGGAGGGAGCCAACCAAGAACGAAGAACAAGAGGAGUCAUACUUCGGAGUUGUCGACCGUCUCCAUCUUUGCUAUAAGCAGGGGUACUGAGAACGGCUUUCAGUUCCAGAAGAACAUUCUGGUCUCCCUGAAAGACCGGCCAAAUAAGCUGUUUGUUGUGCAGUACCUGAAGUGGCAAGCCAAGACGCCUUAUCCCUUUGGUAUCAUCACAGAAGAGCUGCCCCCUGGAGAUACCAAAACAGAUGGUCUUCGAAUCCUCAAGCUUGUCCACGGCAUCCGGGAGAAAUGGAGACCGGCCGUCCUCGAGGAAAUCAAAACCGAAUACCAGGAUAACUGGGAGGUACCAGAAGAGGACAUCCAGUCUCGCCAUGACAUCAGAAGCAAGUACGUGUUCACCAUUGAUCCACCAGGCUCGCAGGACCUCGAUGAUGCUCUGAGUGUCGAGAUGGUAGACAACAACUACCAGGUUGGCAUUCACAUCGCAGACGUCUCUUACUUUGUCAAGACGGACACUGCCCUCGACGAAGAGGCAAAAGAGAGAGCAACGUCUUUCUACCCGUCGUUUGCCAAAACUGUGAAUAUGCUACCACCUCAGCUGAGUAACAGGCUGUGUAGUUUGCUACCGGAAGAAGACAGGCUGACCAUUUCAGUCUUCAUCACCUUAGAUGAGAAUGGUGUGAUUGUCGAUGAGGUCCAGAUUGUGAGGUCUGUGAUUCAAUCUAAAAUCCAGAUGACCUACGAGUACGCUGAGAACAUCAUUACGAUGACCAGUGAUGAGAUAAAGAGCAACUCCAUCAUUCAAGAUAAAGUACUGACACUGAGUAAGUUGGCCAAGGAACGCAGAAGAAAUCGUCUGGGAGUUGGCUGCUUUGCCUAUAAUCAUGAUUCGGAAGAAGAAGAGCUGCAACAUCCGCUUGCUCAUUAUCUCGUUGAAGAGAUGAUGCUUAUGGCCAAUGAAGAAGUGGCACGCCACCUUCUUAAGAAGUAUCCGGAGGGCACACCUCUGAGACGACAGCUCCCGCCCAGUGAAGAAUCCGUUCUCGAGUGGUUGGAUAAACACGGCCAAGAUCUCCCGAAUAGCGUUGACUUGCAAUCAAAACCAUUCCAACAAGUUGUUCCGGCAGAAACGGAAAAAGGUGUUCAUGUCCUUGAGUCAAAAUGGCAGAAACUUCAUGACUUGGUCACGGAUGAUGAGCAAAAUGACAUGAUGAAGAUCGUAGAUAUCGUCUGCAGCGAUGAUAAUCAUCCUCAACAGUCUGUAGCUCGGUCCAACUACUUCCAUGUCAUGGAACAAGGCGCCUACGUCAGCUCUGGAGAUCACCAAGGCCUACCUGCAAGGAGACACUUCUCAUUGAAUAAGGAUGCUUAUACUCAUUUCACCUCUCCGAUACGUCGCUACAUCGACCUUGUGGUUCACCGUAUGCUGGUGAAUACACUACCUGGCACUAAAGCUGACGUAGAGCCCCCGUACACCUCAGUUGAGCUCUCCCAGAUUUGCCACCACUGCACCAACCAGACCAUCAACUCUAAGAGCUUCGAGAGAAAGACCCGCGCCUUGCAAUUUGCUCUGAAACUAAAACUAGCUCCUCAGCCAAUCCUUUCAUUUGUUGAAAAGACAUCCGAAACCAGUAUCCAUCUGUCGUUUGCUUAUCGGAGUUUUGUUUCGGUUCGACAUCGCAGUCUACAGCUUCGUCUCCUCAAGCCACUCAAGAAACCCAUCAUAGAGGAAGGUAGCAGUAGUAUGGAGCUUAUGUGGAAGCAUCGCAUCUAUGAUCUGAGUGGUUCUCCUCACGGAGUUAAAGGCAAGAAGGACGGCGUACUCAGACUUGACCAGGAGAGAUUCAUCGUACAGGUUUCCGCAAACCUCUGGAAAGAGAUUCUGACCGGGAUCAAGACUGAGGAUAUCUACCAGAUACAGAAUGCUGUCGUAAUGGCAACGAUGGAGCACCAGCAAAGACAGCAAGACAAGGAAGCCAGACGAAACCAUCGCCAUCAACAUGAGAGUCAAAACCUACCUGUAGUGGAGGUGACCUGUGAAAAUGGUGAUGGAAACAGUCCUUCACUCUUCGUAAGCUUCACAAGGAGCUUCGACAGGGGUGAUGUCGUUCCAGUCCAACUUCACGCCUCUCUUCAGAUGGGUGUACUGACACCAAGCAUCCAGCUGUUCGGCCUCACACCAAAACUUAACCUCUGCGCUGAGCAUCGAGGAAACGCAAUCGAGAGUUUUGCUAAGGUGGCAUUAGAGCGUCCUCUAAACAUUAAGAACAUCAGCAAGUACAAGAAGGUCUGGCUGCCCAUUAUUGAGAUGUUGACGGCUCACAACGCCAUCCAGAACGACGAGACUGUUAUCAUUCAUGGGGUCAAGAUUCGCUGGGACCGCACUUUCAACCAAGACACAACAACCUAUGAGUACACAGGCUACUUCACCAUCCCAGAUAGCUUCUGCGAAGAGCAUCACCUCAGGUUCAGCCACUCUCACAAAUCCAAGGAGAAGACGGAAGUUGCAAAUGACGAUCCUGAAGUUCAUCUUGACUUUUUGUGCAUCCGUUACCGCGACAUCGCUCUGACGCAUGCUACUCAGCUUCAUCUAAGAGAGAUCGACAGCAAACCGCGCGUGAACCGUCCGACGUGUAACGUCCACCCAGGGAAAGCGAUGUUCGUCGUCCAUGCUGCAACAAUCGAUGCGACCAAGGAUAAAGGGAUGAUGGUGGUGCAGCUUAACGUGACACAGUUCUCCUCUCCAUUCCCGGACAUUCUCUUGGAAUCGGAUAAAGUGCCAACUUGUACGGUGGAGUUGAUUCCCAAGACAGAACCAGACAGACGUCUUGAGACAGCAGUGCGUAGUUUGGACAGCGAUAAAGUCUCACCGCUAAUUCGAGACAUUUGUCUCCUGCAGAAGCCAAGAGCCAAUGAAGAAGAUCCCUACAGUAAGUUCUUGCCACGCCUUGCCCUGAAUGUCCGUUCCUACGAGAUACCGGGCUCGUCCUUUGCUCCCCCAAAUCCAUCUCAAUCAACCGCUUUACGUCAGGCUCUUUCACAACCUUUCACUGUAAUCCAAGGACCUCCAGGCACAGGUAAGACAAUCACUGGUGCCCAUCUGGCGUACUUCUUCACUAACAUGAACAAGAGUCUGCCUCCCUCCGCCAAAGGAAGACCACAAGUUCUAUACUGCGGUCCCUCCAAUAAGUCAGUGGACGUCAUAUCGGGGUAUCUGAUCAAACUGGACGUCAAACUAGUACGAGUUUACAGCGAGACAAUCGAGACCAAAGAUUACCCGAUCCCGGGGACCGUCCAAACAACGCGUAAGGUUGGGAAUGAUCACGACGCCAAGAUGGACCCCCACCUUAAAGAAAUCUCCCUGCAUCGAUUGAUUCGGCAGAGCUCCAACACUCACAGUUGCAACAUCCGCAAGUAUGAAGAUAUGUUCAGAACAGAAGGGUAUAAGGUGAAGCUUCGAGAUGUACUAGCUUACAGGAAGGAAAUCGGCCGCGCUGAGGAAGAAGAGCUGAAGAAACAUGAGAUCAUCUUAUGUACGUGCAACGCGUCUGGGAGCAAGCGCAUCCGGUCAUUCACCAAUAUAGUCCAGUGCAUUGUGGACGAAGCUGGUAUGUGCAAUGAACCGGAAACAUUGAUACCACUAGUGGGCACCAACCCGUGCCAGAUCGUCCUGAUUGGUGAUCAUAAACAGCUCAGGCCGAUUAUUCAAGAGAAGACGGCUCAGCUUCUUGGUAUGGAGGUAUCCCUUCUUGAGAAGUACGAGAGGAAGGCUCAAAUGCUCACGAUCCAGUAUCGUAUGCACGAAGCCAUUUGCUCUUUCCCUUCCCAAGCGUUCUACAAUGGCAAACUGGAGACGGCGGACAUUGUGAAACAACGGAGAACCAACCCGUUCACAAGGAAUAUCUGGCCCGGUGGGGUGGACUACCCUCUGUGUUUCUGUCACCUAUACGGCAAAGAAGAAACGCUGACGGUCAAGACGGCCGAAGGAAACGAACAGUCUAAGGCGAACCCGCAGGAAGUCAAACACGUGGUACGAAUGGCCACCACAUUGGUCAAACAGUACAACGUGAACCCAGAAGAUGUGGUUAUUCUAUCUCAGUAUCGUCUCCAAUGUGCCGAGAUCGAGUCCGCUCUGAAGAAGCACGGACUGAAGAACAUCUCUGUGCGGACGGUUAUCACUAGUCAAGGAAGUGAAUGGGACUACGUGAUUAUGUCGACGGUGCGUUCCAUGCCACGCAUUGAGAUUGAGGAGAAAGCCAGCAUGGGUUGGAAACAGAAGAAUCUCGGCUUCAUCAUCGACGAGAACCAGAUGAAUGUCGCCCUCACAAGAGCAAAACGGGGACUUAUCAUUGUUGGUAACCAGUAUCUGCUUCAGACGCAUGACAAGUGGAAAGACUUGAUCGAUGUCUAUCGUGAACACGGUGCUGUCGUCGAUGCUCGCAAUUUCCUACGAAAACAGUAACCGUCAGCUGUUUCAUUGGAGAGAAAACAGAAUUCUUGUAUGGAUUGAUAUUGCAAUUCUACGACCAGGGCUCACUUUCAUAGAGCUGCUAAGCACAAAAAUCUGCUCAGCAUGAAAUGUUCUUCCUUGAUAAAAAACAGGAUU